AGCAUAAAACCAGAUGUUCUCUACAGGAUUCAGACAUCUGAUGGAGAACAUUAGUGAAGAGAAAGACAAAAGAACACACCAAGCAGGUCUGAGAUAGAGUUGUCCAGCACUAUAGACUGGUGCAAGGUUUAAUUUAGAAAAUUUCAUGGUUUAGUCCAUCCUCCAGGAGACGUAAAUUGUAUGAGACAACUGUUUACAGAGACAAGGCCCUCCGCUUAAACUCAUAUGCCGGCCGAGGACGCCGUUAAUCCGAGAGAGAGCUAAGAGGUCCAAAGUCAUAUGGAGGAGCAGCAGAGGUCCAAAGCUCGGGUUGGAGCAAUUACAACUGCAUCCAGUGACCUGCAAGAGCAAGAGGCCGUGACAUCUAGGUGCUGGGUAGGAGUUUACAGCGAGGACACAGCUGAAGGAAUGAAGGGCCGGCAGGAAAAAGAAAAGGAUAAAGAACUGACUCUGGGUGCCGAGGAGGAGGAGCCCAGAACAGAACAGUCUGUGUCACCUGACUGUGCUGACAUACAGGAAGUGACAUCAGAAGGUGGACCAGCGCAUGCCCGGAGGGAGGGGACAAUAACUCAGGAGGAAGGAAGGAAAUAUUUGCACUCAUCUGUCAAGCAGAAGAGCCAACGUGAACGGGCAGCAUCAGUUGGACGCGAAGUGGAUCGCCGCGUCCAAAAGUCUAAACCAAAGGGCUUGCUGCUCUGCUCUAACCAGGACAACGUCAAAGAGACGAAGACAGAGGACCCUCGUGGACCUGGGCCAUUCUACUUUUUUGGAGGAAGCAAUGGGGCUGAAAUCGUGUGCAGCUACUGCGAGAACAGAGGCUGGAGGAGAAUUUACAACAAGCACAGAGAUGAUUUCAGACUCAAGUGGUGCGAAACCAAAUCUCCAGCUAACUACAGCAACUUCAGAGAAGGUAAACACUUGGUGUACCAGAUUCCCAACAACAUGGUCCUCACCACUAAAAUCGGCCUUCUCAGCAGCCUGCGGGAAUUUGAGCGAGUGCGCUCCAAAGUCAAACAUGGCCAAGCGCACAGGCGGCUGAAAAUGGAGGAGUUCAUUCCCACAACGCUCCGCAUGGAUGCGAAGGACGAGAGGGAAGUUUUCUUCUCCCAAUUCGCCCAACAAGAGGGCGGGAAGAGCGCUGAGAGCUGUAUGUGGAUCUGUAAGCCCACGGGUCUGAACCAGGGCAGAGGGAUCUUCCUUCUGAAGAACCAGCAGGAUGUCGCUGAAUUCAGACAGAAACUGCAGAACCUGGAGGACAGCCGGGCCGACAGGAGGACGCCUCCCCGCCACACUCAGGCUUACGUUGUCCAGCGUUACAUUCAGAAACCACUUCUACUGAAUGACAGAAAGUUUGAUGUGCGCUCUUACCUUCUCAUCGCCUGCACUGACCCUUACAUGGUCUUCUUUCGCCAUGGGUAUGUCCGACUGACGUGUGACGCCUAUGAUCCGCGAUCCAAAAAUCUUUCUGCUCACCUCACCAACCAGUACAUGCAGAAGAAAAACCCUCUGUACAGCCGGCUGAAAGAGGACACUGUAUGGUCUAUGGAGAGCUUCAACGCCUACGUCAACGACCGGUUUCAGGUUGCCAAGGGUCUGCCCAGGGACUGGGUGCUGGGAGCCUUUGCGGAGCGCAUGCGGCUGAUCAUGACCCAGUGUUUCCUCGCUGUCAAGGCCAAAUUGGAUUGCCGCCCUGGAUUUUUUGACUUGAUCGGCUGCGACUUCAUGGUCGACCAGGACUUCAAGGUGUGGCUCCUUGAGAUGAACUGUAAUCCAGCUCUGCACACAAACUGUGAGGUGCUGAAGGAGGUGAUACCCCGCACUGUGGUAGAGACGCUGGAUUUAACCCUGGAGCUGUUCAACAAAUGUCGUCUCAGGCAGGAAAUCCUUCCUUUGGCCAGUCAGCAGGACUUUGUUCUGCUGUAUAACGGAGCCUCAGAACGUGCCAGCAGGUUUAGGAGCCAAAGUAGUGAGUUCAACCAGAAAACCUUUAAUAGAAACCACAGGGCAGAGUCCAGAAGUUGCAAGGUAUUGACAGAGUGCAAGAGGAGGACUGUUAAAUCACCCGAUAGUCCUCUGACUGAAGACACUGCUGCAGAGACAUUACGUCUUCCUCAAUGCACAACUUCAGGAGCUGAAUGUUUAAAGGCCGUCAGGAGCAAGACCACAACUCCUCGAGGCCGACAGAAGCAGAGCAACAGCAAUCCUGCUGAGAAUAGUCUAAAAGCCACAGAUGAUGGGAAGCAACCAAAGUCUUAGCAGAAGAGAAAGAUCACCGUGUCUGUUUCAUCAGCAGCAGCCCAGGGUGACUGCAGCUCUCUCUGCAGGUCUCCUGAUAGGAACUAAAAAAAGGACGCAGACAGACCAGGAUGCAAAGGAAAAGAGGAACAAUGAUGCAUGGAAACAAAUGUGAUCUUUGUCUGAGAAGUGCAGGUGGAAAAGUUUUAUAUAACAGUAAGGACUGUUGUUUCCCGGCAUGUUGCCUGUUCUUGUAUUUCUUUGCCAUAACAAGUGACACAAGAACAGUUUAGAAAAUAAAACCUUUUUCCACAAUAACUGAGUCUGACUUUCAUAACCUGCUGCAGUCUCAACAUUGUUCAACCCCCUGAAUGUUUCAUAACAGCACACACUUAAAAAUCAGGUCUCAAGUAAAUCUGAUGCAAGCAUAGUUCUACAGUUUAAGGUUAAAUUUCCUUCACCACCUCAACAUGGCAGAAAGAGGAAGCUAUUACUGGCUGCCGCUGAUGAGGAGGUUGGCCAAAAAUCCUGACUGAGUGCAAAAGGGGCUUGGUGGCAGCAGCCACUGAGGAGCACCUCUAGGAACUGUGCUGGCACCAUUUCUGCUGUUGCAGAGCUGGAGAGCUGUCAGUGACAGACAGCUGCAUCUUAGAUGCUCUAAGGAACGUUUCCGUAGGCCGUUCCUCCCAGCUACUGGCAGACUUUAUGAUCUCUGCUGCUCUCAACACAGGUUCUGAUCCAACCAUUAAUUGUUUACACUGCUUCCACUGCUACGGUAACUUGCACACGCCUUAGCUAGAGAUGCUGCUGCACUGUUAU